AUGAUUUCAUCGAAAUCUGACUGCCUUAAAGAUACUGUGACUGUUUUAAUAAACGCUAUUGGAGAUAACGAUAACGCUGUCAACAAUGUUGUAAUUAAAUCUCUUACGAAAAUAGCGAAUAUCCAUCCAAAUGAAGUUAUUGAAAUAUUUUGCGACUUUUACAAAAAUACAGUAAAGAGCAACGUUAUACAACUAGGAAAUAUAGUGAAGGUACUGGAACAGACAUGUGUAAAUCAAGUGAAGAAAAUAGAUUCAAAAAUUGCAAAUGAGCUUGUAAACUCUAUGCUCCGUGCGAUGAUGGAGAAUCCAAACUAUGAGCCUGUAGUACAAAUGGGGGCUUCAGCUGUUUUGGUAGCUAUUGGGCAUGAAUACUUGGAUCUGGUACUUCGCUCUCUCAUAAACCAAAUGACACCUGCUUCUGUACCGCACUACACUAUAGCACACACACUAGGAACUCUUGCUGCAGUCAAUACCCAUGGGGUGGUGCCUCAUGUCAAGGAAAUUCUUGGCAAAAUGCUACCUUUACUCACUUUGGUCAAACAAGAUGGUGUCAAACAAGCUUUUGCUUAUGCUUUCGGACAUUUUGCAGUCGCUGUGUCUGAGCAAAUAGGUGACAACGUUGAAAAUGACAAUAUUACAUCUAUUAAAGACAACUUUGUUACGGAAUUUACAAUAGUCUUUGACGUGUUAUACAACCAAUGGCUGCCAUCCCAUGAGCCUAAAGUAUCGGAAUCAGUGCUCGAAGCUUUAGGCCCUAUCACUCGUCUUAUAUCAGAGAGACAGUUCAAUGAGACUGUCAAUAAAUUUGUGCUCUCCCUUUUAUCUCUUUAUCGCAAACCAGUCAUCAAUUUCUAUUGCAUUAGUCAAUGUAUUUCCUAUUUGUUGUCUCCUUCGCCAUUGAACCCAAAAUUGACUCUAAAUGAUAAUGUGAUCAAUUCAAUAAAUAACGUGCUAUUUAAUUUGGUCCUUCUCGAGCCGGAUUAUGACCAGCCCCAUACAGUGAAGAACCAUUUCGAAGUACUUCGUUGUUUCGACCACAUGACGGGACAAUUCCCAGAUCAAACCGUAGAGAAUUUGUUACAUCACUGCAGAAAUAAUCAGGAAAAAGAGCGAAUGAGAGCCGUUAUAAUAUUGACGCAUUUGACAACUUCGUCUCAAGUAUUUAUUGAAAACUUCGCAACGAAGUUUAUAACUAUAUUGAAAAUUAUGAUCGCUAUGGAGCAAGGGAUUAAAAUGAAAAAGUUGUUAGUUAAAGCGAUAGUCGGACUCGUGUAUAGAAAUUGUAUAAUGGCAUCUGAAGAUUUUGCUAUGGUCGAGUUUAUUAUAAAGCAUUGCGGGUACGAAGCUCCUGCUAAUGUUCCUAAAGCUGAUGUUUUGGACUUGCACGAUACUUGCAGGAGCUCAUUAAUACUAAUGUGCAAUACUGUCACGAGUGUGCGCACACAAUUACGCAAUUUGUUGUUAAUUGCUCUAACUAUAGAUGACUUUACGACAUCCAUGUCCACUAUAACACAUUGCCUGACUUCUUUAUUGCAAAAUAAUUCCGAAAUCACUGAAGAGCAGUCAGAUAAAAGUAAUGAAGUGUUAUGUUCACCAGAUUUGGUUUUCGUUCGUUGCAUUACUCACGUUGUUGAUCCAGAUCAAACAGAGCUGAAUAAGAAUGUGCUCAUAUUUCUUGAAGAAUUUUCCGGUGAUAUUCAUAAGAAUUUAAAAAAUUCUUGGACUAUUGAGAUUCAGAGAUUGCUGAAAUUUGUGGAAAAAAAUGAAUCGAAAGAACAGUGGCAAGGCAUGCUGUUGAGCCUCCUAGUCUCUGCAGUGGAACAAGUUAAUAGUAAUAAGUGGGUAGAAACCAUUUCGACGUUAAUUUCUCAACAAAUCAUGGCCAAAAAGCAACCGCCAAUAAUAAAAGGCGUAUCUUUGCAGUACUUAGCUGUUUUAUCGUGUCACAUGUCUAAUGCAGCCGUUGUUGAAACAGUUCUGAAAAUUAUUUUAUUUGCGCUAAAAUCAAUCCCUAUAGAAAGUGUUGAAUAUGUCAGCAAAGCCGUUGGCAUCGCUUCUCGGCAACACGGCGAGUUCGUUCUAAACGAAUUAGAUGCGACAUACAAGGAAAAUGAAGCGAGACGUGGGAACAAGUUUAUAAAUUUUCUUUCCUCUAGAUCUUCUAAAACUGAGGCUGAAUUGGCUUCGGUCAAGUAUGCAAUAAUAACUUGUUAUGGCCAAGUGGCAUGUGAGUGUCUCGACGUACACGUGUUAGCAAGACUUGGUGAAAACGUUACGUCUAUAUUGUUUGAGAUUUUGAAAUCAAGUCCACCCUUUGAUUUGUGUAAAGCUAGUGUUACUACGCUUUACGAAAUAGGCAAAGCUUUGCAUCCAGCCUCCCAUCACAACGUGGCAUUGAGAAACCGCUGGCAAUUACUAAAUGCUGUCCUUGAACAGAUAUACAAUACGAAUCUCGAAAAGCGCAAUGUAGAGUUAUUCCCAAUAGUAGUGAAAGCAUCGAAAGCGCUAACAAAAUUACAAAAAGGUAUCUUACCUGAAGAAAGGAAUACCAUAUUACGAGUUUUAUUCAACAGUAUAUUCGGAGAGCUUUCAUCAUUCAAAAGAAAAUACGAGAUAGAAGGAAAUGCAGACAAAAAUGAUCUUUUAGCAAAGACGUUAAACGAUUCAUUGAGCCUUUUACACGAAUUAAUUAGGGAAUUGAUUAUCCAAUCGACUUGCUUAAGCACAAUUGAUGACAUCGUCACCUUGUUAAUUGAAUGGAUGCGACAUGAAAACGAUGAGAUUAGAACAGCAUCUACGCUAAUACUGCAAGUUGUUUUCGACGCGUAUAUAAAAAAUGUUAAACUAAACUACGAAACGCCCAGCAAAUUUGGUCAAAUGGGUUUCUUAUUGGGACUUAUCGUACCCGGAGUCGCUGAUACUAAUUUUCCAGUUCGAUUAACUACAGUGGAUUGCAUUAAAUUGAUAAUACAGAUCCAAGAUUUAUAUGAGGGUCAUAUAGUGGAGCCGGAAGAUGAAUGUAUGGCGGCGUUGUCCCAUCUCCAAAACAAUAUACUAACGAACGACCUAAAUAUGAUAAGCGAUUAUUGCACUAAGUUAUGCGAAACUAUAACACCAAAAAUACCUCAUCUGCAUACUAUGCAGUUUAUCGAAAGUUUGCUAGAAGGUUAUGAUAACCAAGAGUUACGAAGUGUCGGGAUAAGUUCAAUUUUAGACUCCUUCAUUAUAACGAAAGGGCAAGAUCUGUUCCAAAGUAUUGAAAGGAUUGUGGAGAUACUGUUGAUAACGAUGGAUGAGGUUGUGGAUGAUGCUCGUAAGAGGCUUUUGAGGCCGCUGACGUCAUUGACACGACACCAUUCCAAUGCAGUUACAGCUGUUUUGUUAGCGCAAAGGAUUCCUCUGAAAGGAUGUGUCGUAGCAUGCUGGAGAUACUUAGCUCGAGACGAGACCCUGUCCGCCGCUAUUGUCGACAACUUCCUGCGGUUGAUGACUUCGAUAGAAUUGUAUGAAGACCCAUACCAUAUUACUGAAAAUCAUAUAGCUGCUUUGCAACCUUUGACUCUAAUCAGUGCACUCGGGGAAAUGUUACAAGAGGAGUCGAUGCGUCCCAUCUGCCUUGAGAAAUUCCCGGAUUUAUUCAUAGUUCUGUAUACAACUCUGGCUUGUUACAUAGAGGCAGAACCGCCGGCAUACUCCCUCCCUCAGAAUAAAGGGCAAGAGAGAUUCGGGUUUAUUCCCAAUAGAGAAGCUAUCAAGUUAUCACCUGCGAAAAUUACUAUUAAUACGUUUAAUUUGUUUUUGGAAAGAGCUGAUUGUUAUAAGGUGAAGGAGGCGUGCUCCCUCUGCCUCUCCAUCGAGCACGGCGACAGCGCGCGCACGCUGCUGGAGCUGGCGCCGCUGCUGGGCGGCGCCGUGAGCCGCGCGCUGCCCGCGCAGCUGCCGCGCCUGCUCGCGCGCGCCGCGCACUACGCGCGCUCCGCGCUGCCGCCGCAGCGCUGCGCGGCGCUCGCGCUGCUAGCCGACUCCUUGCAUUAUAGAUGCAACGACAACCCAGUGCUGAUAGAGUCAGUGCUGUCGUCGCUCAGCACGGGGUGGAAGGACGCGCACGGGCGCGUGCGCGCGGCGUGCCUGCGCGGCGCGGCGCACGUGGCGCGCCUGCGGCCGGCGCAGCGCGGCGCCGCGCUGCCCGCCGCGCUCGCCGCGCUCGGCCAGGGCAUGGACGCACACAGCGCCGCAUCUCCACUAGACAACGUACCACUCGCAGCCAUACAAGGUCUAAGUCGUCUGCUCACAGAUAUAGAAAAAUUAGAAAAGGAGUACGAUAGAGAGCUAUUAUCAAUCUCUCAGAAAAUAAGACCGUUCAUGAACACGGAAUGCCCUUUGCUGAGAGAGAAUUCUAUACGAUUAUUUGGUAUUAUUGCGGGAAGAGUGAAAUCUGAGGCGUUAGUGGAACAAGCUGUGACGUCGCUGCCUUGCUUUUUGUUGCAUCUGUGCGAUAAUAAUUUAGCUGUUGUGAGGGCCAGCAAAUUCACACUCCGCCAAGUUUUCAAAACGUUCAACGUGAAAAAGUCCAACGACUUUGUACAAACUCACCUGUUAGAUGAAGGAAGGUUAUAUUUGGAUGAGUUUCUUUCGGCGUUGCUGAGGCAGUUGGCAGAUGAGAUGCCAAGUUCCGUGGCCAAGUGCCUUCAGACGGCUGUGAACUAUCUCCACUGUGCGAGGGAAGAGAUGAAACCCCACCCGCCAUUGUUGUUAGGCCUUCUCUACUCAGAACUAUACCGUAUAAAGGAUAAGUACCCCGACGAUACAGACCUGGACCCUGAAAUUACUCGUAAUGCUCGAAGUCGACUUCUAACCCUUAUAAAGGACCAAAACAGCCAAGUCCGACAGAACUCCGCCAUGGCCCUCGCAAAUAUAUGCCUAGUAUCAACACUC